CUGCUGGUCUGGGCGCCCGUGCUCCGGUGCGCCCUGGCGGAUUUCACCCUCGAGAACGAAGUGCAUUCGAGUUUCAUCCACAGGAGGCUCCGGAGCCAGGAGCGCCGGGAGAUGCAGCGGGAGAUCCUGUCCAUCCUGGGCUUGCCGCACCGGCCGAGGCCCCAUCUGCACGGCAAGCACAACUCCGCGCCCAUGUUCAUGCUGGACCUCUACAAUGCCAUGUCGGUGGAGGAGGAGGGCGCCGGCGGUGGCGCCGGCGACGAGGGCUACUCCUACCCUUACAAGCCCAUCUUCAGCACCCAAGGGCCACCCCUGGCCAGCCUGCAGGACAGCAACUUCCUCACCGAGGCCGACAUGGUCAUGAGCUUCGUGAACAUGGUGGAGCACGACAGGGAGUUAUUUCACCAGCGCAGCCGUCAUCGCGAGUUUCGGUUUGAUCUUUCCAGAAUCCCUGAGGGUGAAGUGGUGACUGCAGCAGAGUUCCGGAUUUACAAGGACUACAUCAGAGAACGUGUUAAUAAUGAAACUUUCCAGAUCAAAGUCUACCAGGUCCUUCAAGAACACCCAGGAAGGGAUUCAGAUUUGUCCUUACUUGACACUCGGACAAUAUGGGCUGCAGAAGAAGGUUGGCUGGUGUUUGACAUUACAGCAACUAGUAACCACUGGGUGGUAAACCCACAACACAACCUUGGCUUGCAGUUAGCGGUGGAGAGCACAGAUGGACAAAGCAUCAACCCUACGUUGGCUGGUCUUAUUGGGAGACACGGCCCACAGAACAAGCAGCCCUUCACGGUGGCCUUCUUCAAAGCUACAGAGCUGCAUCUCCGUAGCAUCCGUUCUGCAGGAGGCAAACAGCGAAACCAGAACCGCUCCAAGACACCAAAGAACCAAGAAAGCUUUCGGGUGUCCAAUCUUGGAGAGAACAGCAGCAGCGACCAGAGGCAAGCCUGCAAGAAACACGAGCUCUAUGUCAGUUUCAGGGAUCUUGGCUGGCAGGACUGGAUCAUUGCUCCAGAAGGUUAUGCUGCAUAUUAUUGCGAAGGAGAAUGCGCCUUCCCAUUGAACUCUUAUAUGAAUGCUACAAACCAUGCUAUUGUACAAACACUGGUUCACUUUAUAAACCCGGAGACUGUGCCGAAACCCUGUUGCGCCCCGACUCAGCUCAACGCCAUCUCAGUCCUCUACUUUGACGACAGCUCCAACGUCAUUUUGAAGAAGUACCGAAACAUGGUGGUACGAGCCUGCGGCUGCCAUUAAAUACACCCCGCUGGGAAAGCUGCACAUGGCUUGCAAAAUGUGCAGGAUAUGUCAUUGUCGUCGUUUUUCCAACACGGAUCAUUAAAGAAAAAGAAAAGAAAACCUUCUUUGAGAAUAUGCUACAGUUCUUAGGAAUAACAUUUCCGAAGGGGCCAAAGAGUCAGGAAAGUGUUUCCAAAAGUGGCGUUUUGAGCCAAAUUUGGCUUUAGCUUGCAAACUGAGCAUUGUUCUACAAACCGAUGCACAAUGAAAAUAAGGACCAAGGAUCAGUGAUUAACAGGUCCAAACUUCUGUAAGGCGAGUGAAACCUGUCUGAAAUUCUUUUGACAAGAGGAACUUUUAAGAAAAAGCCAUCUGUGGUGACAAACAUGCUUGCGUGUGUGCGUGCGUGCGUGCGUGCUCAUGCACAUUCACAAAGGUUUAUAGAAGCUACUUUUAGAGAAAUCAAUUGUUUGAAAUAAAAUGAGUGAAUGAGGUUGCCUGAAUGAAACAGAGAUUCUGUUUAAACUACUAGGGAUCUUGAUUUUUUCAUUUUCAUGGAGAUUUCCAACUUCCCAUGGCAUUACAUGUUUGGGAUGGUUCUUUGCCGAAGCGGUUGUGCAGUUUUUGCAAAUCAGAUCCCAGUUGUGCAUGUAGUAUCUGCAGCUGUGCACCAUGUUCCCCAUACAGAAGCACAGUCAGCCCGUACCAAUCCAAGAAUCAUGUGUACAUGCACAUUGGGCAUAAUUGUGCAUCAUGUUCCCACCCAAACACGUGAGAGCAGUAGAAACUGCAUGUGAAUCUGACUCUUGGUUGCCUAUAUUGAGUGCAAUUGACUUAAUUGUGCAAAAGCUUGUGCAAUUAAGCCACCACUCUGUUUUGCUGGGUGUUGGGCAUUUUUUUGUUUUGUUUUUUACAAUAAAAUUUGCUGUAAAUUGAGAAUGCAAUUUGCAAAUCUGUAUCCUGGUCUCUCAACGCUUAGCCACAGCAGGGAACAUGCAGUUUUCACUUCGGAAACAGAAAAUCAUCAUUAGCAUCCCUAAAAUUUCAUUUGGUUCAUUCCAUCUUCAGAGGCUUAGAGAAGAAUCCAAGCCUCCAAAACAUUGAACCUUUGUAUGUGCUUGGUAGAGGAAUUUUUAUAUUUCUGAAGAGCAGCCCAACGCACUCCCAUCCUGGUUCCACAAUGCUGGUUUGGAUCCUCCCCAUGUCAGGGAUGGGAGAACUUCCCAUAUGACUGUUAUGUGAGAAGCUAGCAAAGCUGCAGUUAAAUCAUUAUUGAAUUGGAAAGCUGUAUCCAGUAGCUUCCCACAGUGGCCAAUACCUUAUUGAUGUGGAUGACGAUAUGGGCAGAUCAAAUGCCAAACUGGGAGGGACUGCAACACUCUGUAGAACAGCCUUCCCCAACCUUGUGCCCUUCAGAUGUGUUGGACUACAACUCCCUGCUGGGAGUUGUAAUCCAACACAUCUGGAGAUCACCAAAUUGGGGGAGACUGGUGUAGAGGAUAGAUCACACAUUGGGGCUGUUCACAUAACAUGCUAACCCACACUCGGUGGUUGAGUGUGGGUUGUUUAAUCAUAUGUUAGCGGGUUGUCUGAACUCAGGGUAUUUUCUGCAGGGUGUCUUAACCAUGCAGUGUGGUUUAUUUUUCAAGAACAAGCCACCUUUAGAACCUAUGGUUGUUGGGUUGUUCAGGGUGGCUAACAAGCUACCCUGCAGUAAAUCCCUUGGGUUCAGACAACACACUAACCCACGGUUCAGCAACAAUGAAUGUGGGUUAGUGUGUUGUGUGAACAGCCCCUGAGUGUAGGUUAGCAUGUUGUAUGAACCCAGUUGUUCAGAAGUAUGAGCUUGGAAGAGAAUUCUAUUCAGAAAAACCCAAUGCCCAGAUGGUGAGAAAUUGGACAGGCACUGGCAAUUCUAAGACAGAUUUAGGGACUUUCGUGGGUAACAAAUUGAGCACAAGUCCACAAGCUAAGAUAAAUGUCAUUUUAGCUUCCACCAACAAGGAGAAUUGCUUCCAAAACUAGUGAUGUGUUGGUGCUCCUAUGCUAAGCAAAGGUAUGUCCACACUUGAAGCACUGUGUUUAUUUUGUGCUGCCACUGUUCAAAAGGGGUCUGUGUGUUUCUUCGACACAUUUGGAAAGUUUCAAGUAGAAAGCAGCAAAGAAAAGUAUUUAGAAAGGAAGGCUAAAGGAAUUGGGCUUGUGGCAUUGCUAGGGAUGAUUAUGAAAGGGGUUGAACAUAAACCAGCAAGUGUAACAUGCCAUUAUAUAAACUUUUGGUGAGGCCACAUUGGAAACACCAUGUGCUGAUCUGAUUGUCUCGUCUCAAAAAGGAUGUCAUAGAGUUGGAAAACAUGUAGGCAAGAGCAACCCAAAUGAUCAACAGAGUGGAGCACUUUGCUUACAAGGAAAGGUUAGUGCAGCUACAAUUAGCAUGUGGCUGGGGAUGAUGGGGAUUGCAGUACAAAAUACUGGAGGCCACCAGGUUGGGAAGUCUGGAAUAGAGCAUUUGAAGCUUUUAAAUCGGGGG